GCUUUGUCAUCAGCUUCUGAUUGAGGAAGGCUCUGUUUUCCUGCUCUGUUUGUAGAAGCUUGAUAAAAUGCCAGGUCUCUGCAGCCUCUGGGGAGAGCCCCACUUCUCUAUGAUGUGAUCGGUCACGUUUCAUCCUCAUUAAUACAAAACGCUGGCUUCAGGAGCGAAAGAGGCGACUGCCGUCUGCUAGACGUUCCUCCUUCGGUGGUCUUUCUGUGGGCAAGGGGAUUGUAAGCGAGCCCUGUUAGAAAUACUCUCGCUGGAGCUUCCUUAUCCCACAUUUGCAUUUGAUCGUUAAGGUGAUCCUUUGGGAUAUAUCAGACCUCCAUGUACGACAAUUUGUACCUGCAUGGAUUUGAAGACUCAGAGGCGGGUUCCGCCGAUUCCUACACUAGCAGACCAUCCGACUCAGAUGUCUCUUUGGAUGAGGAGCAGGGCGGCCGGCAGGAGAAAGAACAGCAGGCCACCGUUCAGCUGGAGAGGGCAAAGGCCAAAGCAGUAGCCUUUGCCGUGAGGACGAAUGUCAGCUACUGUGGUGCGCUGGAUGAAGAUGUUCCUGUCGCUGGCACUGCCAUUUCCUUUGAUGCGAAAGACUUCCUUCACAUCAAGGAGAAGUACAACAAUGACUGGUGGAUUGGGCGACUGGUGAAAGAAGGUUGUGAUAUCGGCUUCAUUCCCAGUCCCUUGAAACUAGAGAACAUUCGCCUACAGCAGGAGCAAAAAAGAGGCCGCUUCCAUGGGAAGUCUAGUGGGAACUCCUCUUCCAGUCUGGGUGAAAUGGUGUCAGGAACCUUCAAGCCCAACCCUGCUUCUGCAGGUAAACAGAAACAGAAAGUGGCCGAGCACAUUCCUCCAUAUGAUGUGGUCCCUUCCAUGAGGCCGGUGGUCUUAGUUGGCCCAUCACUUAAGGGAUAUGAGGUGACAGAUAUGAUGCAGAAAGCACUCUUUGAUUUCCUGAAACACAGGUUUGAAGGCAGGAUAUCAAUCACAAGAGUAACUGCAGACAUCUCUUUGGCCAAGAGAUCUGUGCUGAAUAACCCUAGUAAGAGAGCCAUCAUUGAGAGAUCCAACACCAGAUCCAACUUGGCGGAGGUUCAGAGCGAGAUCGAGCGAAUCUUUGAAUUGGCCAGAUCCCUUCAGCUGGUUGUGCUGGAUGCUGACACGAUCAACCAUCCAGCCCAGCUCAUUAAGACUUCUUUAGCUCCCAUUAUUGUCCAUGUCAAAGUAUCAUCUCCCAAGGUAUUGCAGCGGCUGAUCAAAUCACGAGGGAAGUCUCAAAGCAAGCAUUUAAAUGUACAACUGGUGGCAGCAGACAAAUUAGCUCAGUGUCCUCCAGAAAUGUUUGAUGUAAUUUUGGAUGAGAACCAGCUUGAGGAUGCAUGUGAACAUCUGGCUGAGUAUCUGGAGGCCUACUGGCGUGCAACUCACACUUCCCUCAGCACUCCUCUGAAUCCUCUGUUGGGUCGCAACCUGGGCUCCACUGCGCUUUCACCAUACCCCACAGCCAUCUCUGGACUGCAGAGCCAAAGAAAUAAAAACAGCAAUCACAUCAGCGACAACUCUCCAAUGGAGCGACGUAGCUUGAUGACGUCCGAUGAGAACUACCACAACAACGAGCGGCAAAAGAAGAGUCAUAACCGUCUAUCCUCCAGCUCCCAGCAAAGUCGUGACCACUACCCUCUGGUAGAGGAGGACUACCAUGAUCCCUAUCAAGACGCGUACAAACCUCACCGCAACCGGGGCUCCCCCGGGGGCUACAGUAACGACUCGCGGCACAGACUCUGAACGUCCAAACAACUACAGCCAGAGCUAUGAGAUAAAUCUCAAGUAAUUGUGUAAACCCUUUCUGAAAAUGCAGUGCAUUGCGUUCACUCCAUUUAUGGGCCAUCUUAACUAAAAGCAAAAUCCAAGCACCCGGUCCGUCUAUGUAAGGCAGUUGUUUGCAGCCCCUGUGCAUGUCUUGCGCAGUUGGAGGUGCUGAUUUUAUCUGCAGUGGUUGAGAUAGGAUGCUCUUCUGGAGGAGUGACAACUAUAGUACCAUCUGGUCAAUUCAAGUAGAGGCCUAAGCCCUGCAUCUAAUUGCUAACCAAAGCCCUGCACUGUCUAUAUCUGCAGGAUGUUUUGUGGUGGCAUGCUAAUUUCACCCUGAACCAGUGCCGGCAUGCAGAAAUGCUCAACGGUGCCAAGACCCAAUCAGCACAGAGCCUUUUUGCACGAUUUCAGUAGCCAAUGAAAGUGUCAUGCAUUCACCGUUCUGUUUCUUCCUGUAUCAGUAUUGUCUCUUUUUUUGCCCAAACAGCCUCAGGUACGAAGCAGGAAUGCUUUAUAGGUGCCAAAAUCCAAGAGGUUUCUUUUCCCGCUGUCUAUUUUCAUAUUAAUAUCUGCAGAUAGUGUCAACAGGUACUAUUUUCUGAGCAAAAUACAAAAGAUAGCAACAUAUUAUCCUUUUUUACGUACACCAUAAUGCCUAUAGAUCACUCAGCACAGGCCUACAAGUGGGAUGUUGUUGCAAAAAAAAUGAUGCCAGAGUACCAGUAUCAGGUAGGUUUUAUCAUAUUAAAUUACUCUGUUAUUGGUAGUAAUAGUAGAACGAAUCUCAUGAAACCUUACAAGAUUUCCAGAUUAUAUUUCAGCCAAAAAUCAGAAGAAAAAACAUAAAAAUAUAAAUAAUUUAAAUACAAUGAAGCUUGUUUUAGGAUAAUCAAGACAUUAUUUUCAUGAAAGUUAAGCAUCCCCUCCUCUAUUUUAAUUUUGUUUACAUUGUGAAGAAUUAUGCAUCAUGAUAGUAUUUGUUAUAUCGCCAUUCAUUUUACAAAUUUUAAUAUCAAUUAAAUAGUGUUAUAUAAAAAUAAUGGCACGACAUAUUAAGUUAAUAAAUAAGAAUUUGAGGGUGCCAUGUGCUUAAUUAUCAUUAAAGUAAUAUUAUAAUAAAAAAACAUGCCCUAAAGAGCUGUAUUUUCUUUAUGCUAAAUAUAGGGGUUUAUUUAUGUAUGUAUUUAUUUAUUUAUUUAUUUUUGGUGGAAUGUGACCUGAGCAUGUUUUAUGAGAUUCUCAGGGGUUUUGUUGAACUCAUAUCACACUGUUUUUUUUAAAGAAACGACACAAUAGCCUGUGUCAUUGAAAUACAGUGCCUUGUGAAAGUAUUCAAACCCCUUCAUUUUUUUCCAUGUUUCAAAGUUCAAACUGCUUUAAAUAACUUUUUUUCCACAUUAAUCUACACUCCAUACACCAUAAUGACAAAGUACAAAAACUGAUUUGUGACAACUUUGCAAAUGUGUUAAUUAAAAAACUGAAAUAAGUACAUUGCAUAAGUAUUCAUACACGGGUUCAAGUCAAGGCUAUGGCUGGGCUACUCAAGGACAUUCACAGAGUUGUCUAUAAGCCACUCUUGUUGUGUGCUUAGGCUCAUUGUCCUGUUAGAAGGUGAACCUUCUGCCCAGUCUGAGGUUCUGAAUCCUCUGGACUAGGUUUUCUUUAAGGCUGUCUCUAUAUUUUUCUGUGUUGAGCUUUCUUUCUACUCUGAUGAGUCCUUCAGUCCCUGCAGCUGUAAAACACCCCCACAACAUGAGGCUGCUACUAGCACACUUUACUUUUGAGAUGGUACUGUGCCGGUGAUGAGCAGUGCCUGGUUUCCUCCAGACAUGAUGCUUGGAAUUAAGAUUCAUCAGACCAGAGAAUCAUGUUUCUUACAAUCUUAGAGUUCUUUAGGUGCUUUGUUGCCAAUCCAAGUGUGUUUUCAUGUGUCUUCACUGAGGAGAGGACUGUGUUUGGCCACACCGCCAUAAUGAACGGAUUGCUGGAGUGAUGCAGUGAUUUUUGUCCUUCUGUAAGUUUCUUCCAUCUGCAUAUGUGAUCCUGGAGCUCAACUAGAAUGACCGUCAGUUUCUUGGUCACCACUCUAACCAAGGCUCUUCUCCAUCAGUUACUCAGUUGAGCCAGGAGGCCAUCUCUAGGAAGAGUCCUAGUUGUUCCAAACUUCUUCCAUUAUGGAUAAUGGAGGCUACAUGCUUCUUUGAACCAUCAAUGCAGCAGAAUUGUUCCUGAACUCUUCCUCAGAUGUGUGGCUUGACACAAUCCUGUCUCUGAGCUCUACAGGCAGUACUUAUCUCAGUGCUUGGUUUGCUCUGAUAUUGAGAGGUUUGUGCCUUUCCAAAUCAUACCCAUUUGCAUUUGCCACAGGUUAACUCCACUCAAAGUGUAGUAACAUCUACAAGCGAUAUGAGUGCUCAUGAGCUGAAUUUCAAGUGUCCCAGAAAAGGGUAUGAAUAUUUAUGCAAUAAAUAUUAAUUUAAUAUUAAUAAAUUAGCAAAUGUGUUUUGUGGACUGAUUUGGAAAAAAAGUCAUUUAAAGGAGUUUAACAUAAGGCUGCAAUGUAACAAAAUGUGAAAAAAAAGGGGGUUUGAAUACUUUCGCAAGGCACAGUAUGUGGCAGCUGAGUGGACAUCCAUUCUGUCACUGAGGGAGUGUUUACACAACACCAUUUUCAACUAAAAAUGUAAUGUUUUUAAGCAUUUUGGCCAUUCAUUUACACAAAAAUUGCCUUUUGGAGGCCUUAAAACUUGAUAUCAAACUGCAAGUUUGAAAACGAUUCCAUUGUUGCUUCUACAAAAAUGAAUUUGUGAUAACGGUGAUGUGCAAGCGCAUUAUGUUUUUGUGUACUGUUUCUAUACAAAGUGACAUCGCCAACUACUGGCCUGGCAUUCACAAUACACCAUUUUUAGUUGUGUUAGUGGAUACAUGUAAACGUGAACUUUGAAAACGCAAAGAAAAACGUUCAGUUUUUAGUACACUGUCGUGUAAACAUACCCUGAGUCAAGUCUAUGGAUCACCAUAAAGUUUCUCUGUUCUAUUAAGCUUUAUGAAACAAGUGAUUGAUUAUUAUGACUACUACUAGUCUUGAACUAUUUAGUGUGUGCCUGACCUAUAGUAUAGUUACUGGUUGCCGUAGCAGGUACACAAAGUAUUGGAAUUAAAAUUAGACUUUAGACUAAGAUACAACAUAAAAACAUUAUUAAAUGCAAAAAUGCAUUUUGAUUGUUCAUUUUACGUGAAAGCUUUAUCUGUAAUUUUUUCAUUAGUUAUCUUCAUCAGGCCUGUUUGCAAAAGCUGUUCACACACACUGAAGUGCUCAGAUGAACAAAUCAGGUGUAAUUCCCGCCUUUGCAUGUGCAAAACUACUUGGUUUUGCUGCUGGCUUACAUGAUUAUGAUAAAAACAUCUGAUUAUUUUCUGUUGACUUAGAUAUUUCUUCAUCUCACUGUCGUUUAUUCAAUGAAAAAUGCUAAAUGGUGUUUCAGAAACAUCUCCAGACAAUGCUUGUAAUUGAUGUUAGCACAGUUAAUGUUGUCUGGAUCUUGACAUUUGCAUUUUUCUCGACUUGCAACAAUUCUGCAUCUGAUUUGAUUACCUUUAUAGUGUUGUGUUGUACAGUGUUUCCUCUCACAGAGAUCGCUGUUGUGUGUUUGUAAUGCUCAGAGAGAGAACAAAAGCAAAACAAAAGUGUCGAUUCAGUAUUUAAUGUGUUGCAAAAAGCAUUUGGUCCAUAUCCUUCAGUGGCUUCAUAUAGUUGAGGUGUUAAUACUAUUCGUUUGGUGUGGAAAUGAUUGGAUUUUUCCGGUUUCCAAUCUGCUGUAAGUUCUACCUGUGAGCAGUUCUGAAGAGGUAGCUUUGAUAGUAAUAAACUACUGGAUUUGCAGCGUGCAGAAACAAUAGGGAAGAAACUCUGUCUGUCCGUAGGCUAUUUUCAGUAUAUAUCGUACGUAGCAUUAGAAAGCAUUCGGUAAACGUUUUUAAACGUUUCUUGCUGCAGUUGAGGGGCCAGUAGAAGUCAAUGUAGUUUGGGUAAAGUGUCCUUAUUCUCUGAUCACUGCCACCCCCAUUUCUCCUGCCCACUCCAUUAUCCAUGUGCAAUAUUUCAUGAACUAUAAAAGAAUAAACACUACUAUUUAUUUGUCUUGUUUAAAGCAGUAAUGUUCUCUGAAUCACAUACACUACCAGUCAAAAGUUUUUGAACAGUAAGAUUUUUAAGGUUUUUAAAGAAGUCUCUUCUGCUCACCAAGCCUGCAUUUACUUGAUCCAGAGUACAGCAAAAGCAGUAAAAUUUUGAAAUAUUUUUACUAUUUAAAAUAACUGUUUUCUAUUUAAAUAUAUUUUAAAAUGUCAUUUAUUCCUGUGAUUUCAAAACUGAAUUUUGGCAUCAUUACUCCAAUCACAUGAUCCUUCAAAAAUCAUUCUAAUAUUCUGAUUUGCUGCCCAAAAAACAUUUAUUAUUUUUAUGAUGUUGAAAAUAGCUGGCCAAAAUUUUUUUAGGUUUCUUUGAUAAAUAAAAAGUUCAUAAGAACAGCAUUUAUUUGAAAUAGAAAUCUUUUGUAACCUUAUAAAUGUCUUUAUCAUCACCAUUAUUUCAGAUAAAUGCUGAUCUUUGGAUCUUUCUAUUCAAAGAAUCAUGAAAAAAAUGUACUCAACUGUUUUAAAUAUUGAUAUUAAUAAUAAUAAAUGUUUCUCGAGCAGCAAAUCAGAAUAUUAGAAUGAUUUCUUUAGGAUCACGUGACACUAAAGACUGGAGUAAUGAUGCUGAAAAUUUAACUUUGAUCACAGUAAUGAAUUGCAUUUUAAAAUAUAUUGAAAUAGAAAACAUUUAUUUUUAAAUUAUUUUAAAAUUUUACUGUUUUUGCUCUACUUUGGAUCAAAUAAAUGCAGGCUUCUUUAAAAAACAUUCAAAUCUUCCUGUUCAAAAACUUUUGACUGGUAGUGCAGAAUGUGAGGAUUCGCUCUAUAAAUGCAUGAAGAACUAUUUGGGAAAUAGUUGACAGUAUUAAUAAUAUUAAUUAUUUUUACUAUUGACUAUUAAAUCAUAUUCCUAAAAUAACACCUUUCAGCUAAUCAAGACAUUAUUUAGUCUUAUGAAACCUCCUUCUAUUUGUGGACAUCCUCAAAUUACUUGAUAGUUAAUACAUAUAUUGUUUUGGUUUGUUUGUUGUUGUUUUUUUCCCAAUAUGUACAUAAUUUUUAUUUGUAAACAAUCACAGAUUUUGGUUUUGCUUCUUAACUUACAUCUCAAGGUCCUUUGGUCACUAUUGGUGUCAGUAUUGUAGCCAACACUCAGGACCACCAUUGCUUUUAUUAUUUGUAUUAUUAUAUUAUUAAUUUCUCAUAUGACUAUUUUUUCAUUUUCAGUCAGUACAUUCCCUGCCAGUAACUUUAUGCCUUAACUUUUUAAUAAGGUGCAUGUUCGUUUUUUUCCAACUUUUGCAAACAGAGGGUUUCUUUCUAUGCCUUUUUUUUUGAGAGCUCUAAAUUCAUUUAUUUUAAAGUGUGUUAAGCAUCCAGUAUUUACUUUUAAAUGUCAUUCUGUUUGUGAUAAAUCGUCAACAGCUGAUCAAAUGUAAUUAAUUUUGUAAAAAACAAACAAUGUACUUCCUAUAUUACACCACUGCCCCGAUAAAACCAUUUUCCCUUCCUUCCUGAGAAUAAUAGAUGUUUUUUUUUUUUCUCAUUUAAAGUUCUAUUUCAUGUAAUGGCAUGUUGAUAAGGGAUGAUGAGAAAUGAAUCCAAAAUAAGUGAUAGCCAUUUACUAUGCAAAUGUGUACAGUGCUGCAUGCUAAUGCUUUACCUGCCUCUGCAAACUUAAUGGCUUCAAAUGGAGUUCAAAUGGAAUUGUGGGUAUUACUUGUGCAGGACUGUAUUUGAGAGAAAUGCAAAACUGCAUGCAUAAUAUUCCAUUUGCAUCGUCAGAUUAAAGAGACACUAUAUGGUUUUUGGGAAAUAGAUGUGUAAAAUGAAGUAAGUUUUCUUUUGUAAAAUAAAUUUGAAUGUAAAACA